UGGAAAAAAAAAAGUACAAAUUUGACAAAAAUCUGUUCAUUGGCAUUGAAACAGCUUUAAAAAACAAAACAGCAAUCCUCUAAUCGUCGAGAAUCUUCGUGUUGCAUCCAGGUCGUGAAAACUCCAUCAAACCAUCAAAAUGAGCAUGCCCGAGCUGAAUGCGGCCCAACAGGCCAAGUUGCAACUAAUGCAGGAGAUGGAAAUCGAAAUGAUGUCCGACUUGUACAGUCGCAUGACGCAAGCUUGUCACAAAAAAUGCAUCCCCCCGAAGUACGCCGAUUCAGAGCUGGGCAAAGGAGAGUCCGUCUGCAUCGACCGGUGUGUGGCAAAGUAUCUGGAGGUGCACGAACGAAUUGGCAAAAAGUUAACCGCCAUGUCAGCACAAGACGAGGACCUGAAGAAAAAGAUGGGCGUGUGAAAACGUUUAGGAAACUACCACAUAUUGUAGAUGUAAUUUCUCGUACAUACAGCUUGUUUCAUUUCCCAUCCUCGUUUGUUAAUUGUUUAGUAUGCGUGUAAUAACAUGACCAGAGCAUGGCAUUGCACUUAUUCACAAUCCCACCAUGAUCCACAGUUCAUCCUCUCCUGGGACCCGAAUUGGCCGAAUUUGUCAGCAUAGAUUACAUUGCAUAUGCUACGGAACACGCUGAAGACACAAAGGAAUCUCCCGAUUGGAAGAAUAAACGACACGGUGGAGGAUUGAAG